AUGGCGGGCGCGGAGGCGGGCGCCAUGCUGAGGGCCGGAGGUUUCAUGUCGCUAGUACUAGCCCUGGUGCUAGCAGCGAGGCUCCCCGCGCUCGGCCGGCCGCCGCCGCCGCUGGGCCGACUCCUCGCCCUGUGGGAGCUGUGGCCAGGUUAUAUAAAAGAGUGUCAGCUACUAUCAAUGGUAACAGUAAACAAUUCUUCAAAUAAAAUAUCACAACUUGUGGACCCAGAACAAUCAACAUUGAAAAAAAAUCUUCUAAUUUCUCAUGGCGUUUGGCAGAACACUUCUACAGCUGGAAGAAAUUACAAAAUUUUUAAAACAAAAUCAGAAGCAACUAGAAGAAAAACUGACAAAUACAAGCACCAAUGGAAGCUGCUGAGAAAUAACAUUAUAAACAUUUUCAUGAAUCAAAACAAGCCACAACUAAUUACCAAUGAAGGCAUAAAAACACAAGUUUCCAAAAAGUGGACAGGAAGUGGAAAAAUAACUUCAACUGAAACAAAUGCAGAGCUAACAGAAAAAGCAAGAAAGAUCCUAAAGCUUGGGAAAACUGAAAAUACUAAGAUAAUAAGUCAACAUAAAAUUAAUUCACAUCUACAGAAUGAAUUUAAAAUUGUUGAAAAGAAAACUGCAAAUAAUAAAAGAAAUCAACUGCAAAAAAAGUUGUAUUGCAAUUCUUGUAUAUUUAACAAAUGCUUUGGAACUAAGCCAUCAUUGAUAAAUACGUUUUUGACAGCAAAUUGUCUAUCAACUGUUAAAGGAAAAUGUUGCAGAAAAAAUCUGAAAGACUUACAAAGCAUUUUGGUAUUAAAUUUAGUAAAAAAUCAGAUGGUCAAUGAAAGUAGUCAAAAUCAAACUAAAACAAUGACAAAGGAAAAAAAUAAAUGUACCAAUAAAAGAAUUUUAGCAUUUGUCAAACAAAAGGAAUUAGCUGAAAAGAGUUCUAAAACAUGGGACUGGGAAAGAAUAGGUGCAAUCAGCAGAGAUCAGCAUAAAAUAUUAACUGAUGCAAGAAAAGUGUUAAUAAGUGCAGAAAAGAAAAGUCAACAUACUGAACUUCAGAAAUAUGGACAUAUACCUAAAGAGUUUCAGGAAAUAACUGGAUCUGUAAACAAUAUACCAAGUGGAAUAAGCAGUUGGAAAAGAAAAUCAGAAGGAAUGUCUACUAGGCCUUACAGUAAAAACCAAAACAUUUUAAACUCAAUGAAACAAAGAUCAGCAGGAUUACAAAAGGGUCAACCAAAUAUGAAAGACAUAGAUGGAAUGUACACAACAGGAAAAUCAGACAAAAAUAACAGGAGCAUAGAUGUAUUGUUUAAUAGCUUGCCUGAAGUAGGAAUCAAAGUAAUACUUCAAGGUAAAGAGCAAAGAACUAAAACAACCCCAAAAUCUGUUGAUAAAAAUCAGAGAUUUUCUACACAAGCAAUGAUCCUGCAAAGAAGCAAAGAAAAUGUGCAGGAAAAGUGGUCAAUAUAUAAAACUGGUUCUUCUAGAACUCAUGAAAGAAAACAAGAUACUUUUAAAACUAAAGUUUCUAGAAAACAGAAAUGGAGAGGGAAUCCGGUUGAAGUACAUAUACCUAAAAAAGAAAGUACUGUGUUUAGAGUGGAAAGGUUGGAAUAUUCAUCCAGAAAUGACCACGUAGAACCUAUAAAGUUAAAUUCUGUCUUUCCAACCACAAAAUAUGCUGUAAGUGUUAAACAGGCAUUAUUUCCACCAGAAAUAGGACAAGCAAAGUCUUCAAGACACGUGGGAAAAAUGGUGACACAUAGCACGUCAACUUCAUGGAAGGUAAAACAGAAAUAUUUAAGCUUUGCUCAAAAGGAUUUAAAUAUUAAAGCUAGAAGAGCUGCUGUAUCAAACAAACAAACUGUGAAUAGUAAAUAUAAAAAAAUUAAUAAAAGAGAUUAUUUACCAAUAUCUUCAAUAUAUCCUUAUAAACAUACUUCUCAAAGUGUAUCUGAUGGUGAAAGAAGAAAACAAUCAACACAGGGUGAAAGUGUAAAGGUAUCUGUAGAUUUUGUGAACCACUUAGUCUCCGUUCUAGUAGCAGGUGCUACUAUUGUUGGAAUUGCCUUCUUUGCUUUGGGAUUAGCAGUGUUUUAUCUGUUUUAUAAAAGAAGGCAGCUUUUUCAGUUUCUCAGAACCAUUAUGAAAGAUGAAGAACUUCCAAACAAAUUUGUACCAAUUGAUGCUCAACAUGAUAAGCAUAUGUCUCUCUCUCAGAGUUUUCAUGUUGGAAAAUCACAGCUGCUGAAAGUAAUACUACAGAUGACUUUUGUUCCGGUACAAAAACAGUCGUGUGUAACAGCUCAGAUUCAGAGGUCAGCUUGAAUAUGCCAAGCAGGAGUUUGACUGUAAAUUCCAGGACUUCCUCAUUUACAUCUUCAUCCAGCAGGAGUAUAGGAACACCCUGUGACUGUUUAUCAGAUGAUUCCACUUCUCACCUUUCCCUCUCAAAUGAAAUUUUUACAGGAAACCUGAACUCAUACUUGUCAAGUAUUAACACAAAGAAAAGAGUUAUAAUUCCUGUUGUAUUUCAGUUAAACUACUCAUCCUGUGAUGAUCAAGAAAAUGAAAAUUCUACUAAAACAUUCCCACAGCUUGGAAAAGCAAGGAUUCCAAAGUCAAGACUUGAAGACAAUGCUGUCAUAUCUUCUCCCUUUAAUGAAACACUGACUGUAGUGAAAUCAAGUGAAGACAUAACCCAUCUACCCAUGUCUGAGUCAGCACGAAAAUCCAUAGGGAAUAUUUGCAAAUACCAUUCAUUAGAUUCCAGUUGUCUCACUGGUGGUGAUUGCGCUCGUUUCCCAGAACCAGACAAUGACUUGAAUGAAUAGACUGAAAAG